AUGACCGCGCCAACCGCGCCCAGCCUCCCGUUCCCCGUGUUCCAGGUCUCGCAGAAAGUAGAGCACUACCUCCUCUAUGACAUAAACAUCAUCACCUGGCUCCGCAAGAACCACAAUAUCCUCGGAGUCCUUAUCGGUACACUGCCUCAGAUCCCACAACAAAAUGUCUUCCUUGGGCUGCCCUUGGAACUUCAGCCUGAAGAAGCAAGGUUACUUGUGGAGAGAAGCUUGGCAUAUAUCGUGAACGAUUUGGAUUGGCAUAUGCAGGACCUAGCAUCGAAGGUUGUCGAGCAGAAAGAAGCGAUCAAGGCGGAUCUCAGAGAACAAGGGGCAAGGGUAGCGAAAGAUUUCGAGAGCAAUAAGAAGAGCCGGACACAGAAGGCUCUGAAGAGGAUACAGGCCAAAAGCGGCUCGACUGUGGGACAGCGAUCAAUCCCCAGCCCAGCCCUAGAAGAGGCAGAGGACACCUCGGAAGAAACUCUGUUCGGCGAAUCGCUCACGCGAGAGACCACUGUAACGCCGUCUCCAGAACCAUGCCAAGCUGCUGGACCCGAAUGCAAGCCUUGGACGGUCACACCAACGACAUCCUAUCCGCUCCUUUCUCCACCUGCCAACAUCGACUCACCAGGCCUCCCAAAAGUCAAUCCGUCCUCAUACGCCCUCUUCAAGCACCUACACAGCCUAGGCUACUUCCUCUCUCCCGGCAUACGCUUCGGCUGCCAAUUCUCCGUCUAUCCCGGCGACCCGCUACGCUUCCACAGCCACUUCCUGACCAUGAGCGCCGACUGGGACGAGGAGAUCGAUCUCCUGGAUCUGGUCGGCGGCGGCAGGCUGGGGACCGGGGUGAAGAAGGGAUGGCUGGUUGGCGGGGUUGAGCAAAAGGGGGAGGAGGGUGAAGGAGGCAAAGAUUCAGGGGGGCGGCGAAAAGGGGCACGGAUGACGGGGCCAGAGUAA